AUGACAUCUCCAAAGUUUAUCUUCUAUCUGACGUGUUUGUUAUUGGGGAAAAUUGUACAGACGACCGACAUGGAUUCUGUUCCUCAAGGGCAAAGUUUUCUAUCAGUUCAAACUGGGGAAAACUUGACUUUAAAUUGUUUUCAUGAAGCCGGUUCAGCAGUAAAGCUUCACUGGUUUAAACACACUCCUGGACAGAAACCAAGGCUCAUCUCAACCUCCUAUCGGUAUUCAAUACCUACAUUGUAUGAUGAAUUCAACAAUCAACGCUUCACAUUAGAUGCUACAAAUAAUCUGAAUCACCUGACAAUAACAGAUCUGCAAAUUAAUGACUCAGCUACUUACAAUUGUAUAAGCGGUGAUACAUACAAAUUGGAUUUCUUGGCGACAAUUACUGUCAGUGUACAGGGUUCUAGUAUAAACAUCCUAACUUUAGUCCAUCAGUCACCAUCAGAGACCAUCCAGGUAGGAGGCAAUUUGACUCUGAACUGUACAGUACAAACUGGGACCUGUGAUGGACAACACAGUGUUUACUGGUUCAAAGACUCUGAAGAAACUCAUCCAGCACUCAUUUACACUGAUGGAGGCAGCACUGAUCAGUGUGAGAGGAAACCCAACACACAAACACACACCUGUGACUACAACCUGCCGAUGGAGAGCCUGAAUCUGUCUCAUGCUGGGACCUACUACUGUGCUGUUGCCUCCUGUGGACACAUUCUGUUUGGAAACAGGACCAAACUGGACUUUGAAGAUAAGGACUCUCGUAUCUUGGUGUAUUUAUUGAGUGGAGCUCUAGCAUUUACCACCGUCCUUAAUGUCCUUCUGGUUUUCUUGCUUUGCACGAUGAACAAGAGAAACCGCUGUGAAGAUACAGAGUCUUUGGCAAGAUGUUCAGCUCCCUCAACACCAAAUGCAGAGGAUGAACGAAACAAAUCAAACAUCCAAUAUGUGGCUGUAAGAGAACACAAGAUCAGCAGAUCUAGCAGACAAAGGAACAACCUUGAGAUUGAAUGCACAUACUCAACUAUAAAGCCAUAGGAGUGUACGUGCUUCAAAGGGGUACCAAGCAGACACUGAGGUCAUUUUAUCACUAUGUCUUUCUUGUGACUACGUGAAGAAGCAGAAACUGUUGCUCCUUUCUGUAAAGAUGUGUCGAUUCAACCUGUUACUUUAGGGCUUUGCUACGGCAUCCGUUCACACUGAUUUAACUGUAUUCAGAGGGGAAAACUUAAAUCUGCAUCAAUUUCACCUUUUAGCAAAUCAGAUAGCUAAAUCCUUUUGCAAAAAAUGCUUCAUAUUUAUGUCUUUGUGUGUGAGAUAACUGUAUGAAUCAAGUUUUCAAAGGAAAAGAAACAGGAAGGAAGGUAUGUCAUGGAAAGAACAGUUUCAGAACUAACAUCAGAUGUAUGACCCUAAACGAAACGAUGAGUCAACGUGCUUUUGGCUUUAAGGUUCACUGAGCUUUUAGGUCAAUCUUUUGGGUCACCAGUUGAAGGGCUUUUUGUUUGUCAGCUUGCUGCUGUGAGUUUAAUCAAACAUGAU